AUGUCCUUACGACUUGGUGAAGAAUUUCCUAAUUUUACACUCAAUACAACAGCUGGAAAAUUUCAAUUACAUGAAUGGCUUGGAAACAAAUGGGGAAUAUUAUUCUCUCAUCCAGCUGAUUACACACCAGUUUGUACAACUGAAUUAUCACGUGCAGCUAAAUUAGCACCUGAUUUUGCUAAACGUAAUACGAAAUUAAUUGGUUUAUCAUGUGAUUCAAUAGAUAAUCAUCAUGGAUGGAUUAAAGAUUUACAAGCUUAUGGUGGACCAAAUAUUCAAUGUACAGGUGAUACAUGUAAAUUAGUUCCACAUGGUGAAUUUCCAUUUCCAAUAAUUGAUGAUAGUGAGAGAAAACUAGCUAAACAAUUAGGAAUGAUUGAUCCUGCUGAAUUUGAUAGCAAAGGUUUACCAUUAACAGCACGUGCUGUAUUUUUUAUUGGACCUGAUAAAAAAGUUAAAGCAAGUUUACUUUAUCCAGCAACAACUGGAAGAAAUUUUGAUGAAAUUCUUCGUUUACUUGAUUCACUUCAACUUUCAGCACGUUUACCAAUAGCAACACCAGUUGAUUGGAAGGUUGGAGAUAAAGUAAUGGUUCCACCAAAUGUCACAGAUGCAGAUGUUCAAAAACAUUUUCCACAAGGUGUUGAAAUUAAAAAAGAUCUUCCAAGUGGAAAAGGUUACAUUCGUAUGGCUCAAGUUUAA